UAGUUAUCCAAGUCGCCAUGGUAUAUUUGGCACGAAGAGAAAGCCUAUGAAUAGAGGGAACUACAUUCGGUAACCAUUGGUGGAGACAUUGGCAAAAUGAUUACAUAUACCCUCAUAGAAUGCAAUUAGUACAACGGCAAAAUAAAAGAAGAUACUGACAGUAUCGGUUAUAAUUUGGUGUGCUUGGGAUACAAAGAAGGGUCAUAACAACAGUGAAUGCAAAGAUGGUGAAUUAAAGACAACCAACUUUCUUCGCAUGGAAAUUUUAAGUUCGAGGGCAAUUUUUCGUGUACAGAUUUUCUAUUAAGGAUGGUCAACAUUUCAUAGAUAUCUAUCUACAAUUCGAUUACCUGACACUAGAAAUCUACCGAAACGAUGAUGUGGAACUUUGCUGCUUGGAGAAAGAAAUUCUAUUUGAAAUACAGCGAAAUGUUUUUCUUAAUUCUCCUUUUUACCCUCAGUACCGCUAAAAGACUAGCGACUGUUAAAAUCGGGGUUAUUCUACCAAUGAAUGAAAGCUCUGUAUUUAGUUUACACAAAGUAAUGCCUGCUAUAGAACUUGCUGUUGAGCGAGUUAUGACCAAUACCAAUCUUCUUAAUGGCCGUAAAAUACAAGUUACUUACGCCGAUUCCGGAUGUAGCGAAACUAAUGGCCCUUUAAGAGCCAUCGAAAUGCAUUUGAAUAAAACUGCCGAUGUUUUUCUGGGUCCUGCAUGUAAUUAUGCUUUGGCUCCUGUAGCCAGAUAUUCUAGUAGUUGGAAUAUUCCUGUAAUCACGGCUGGUGGAUUGGUUACGGCAUUCCGAGACAAAUCGCAAUACAAACUUUUAACACGAGUAAUGGAUUCUUAUUCCAAUUUAGGACAUUUUCUGAAACAGACGUUAAAUAAAUAUGAUUUGUCUGUAGUGGCACUAUUAUAUUCCAAUUUAGUUGAGGGAACUGGGAAAUCUGAGUGUUUUUUUACCAUGGAAGCCAUUUACCGCGCCAGUGUCACCAAUAGCAAGCCCCGAUAUCAACAAUUUCAUCCAAGUGACAAACUAGAAGCAUUCAAGCAAAAGCUGAUGGACAUUUCAAAUCAUGCACGAGUCAUCAUACUGUGUGGAUCUCCCGAUUCUAUCAGAGAAAUAAUGCUUGCAGCUCACGAGUUAGAUCUAGAUAAUGGGGAUUAUGUUUUCUUCAAAAUUGAUAUCGCCAGAAGUUUAGAUGAACUGGUAAAUGAGAAGCCGUGGUACAGAGAGAAUGAUACACAGGAAAGGAAUGAAGCAGCUAGGAAAGCCUACGAAGCCUUAAUGAUUUUUACCGUGUACACACCGACAUCAACUGAAUACAAAGCAUUUACGAGAGAAAUCAAACGAAGAGUAUCUAAGUCCAUUAUGAAUCCAGAGGAACAGGUAAAUCUGUUUGUUGGGGCGUUUCACGAUGCUGUGUUAUUAUAUGCUAUGGCAUUAAAUGAAACAUUAGAAGCUAAAGGUUCCAUAUCAGAUGGUCGGGCUAUUACAGCAAGAAUGUGGAAUAGAACAUUUCAAGGUAUAACUGGUGCUGUAAGAAUUGAUGAGAAUGGAGAUAGAGAUGGUGAUUAUUCACUUCUAGAUCUGAACCCGACGUCAGGUUUAUUUGAGGUAGUUGCUAAUUAUUAUGGUAAUAGAAAACGUUAUGAAGCUGUAGAUGGACGGAUGAUUCAUUGGGCUGGAGGUCGGACUGGUCCACCCACUCAUCCUCCUAAAUCUGGGUUUGACGGUUCUAAAUGUCAACAUGGUGGUUCGUUACGUCUUUAUAAUGGUCUACCAUAUUAUCUGGUUGCUAUGGUGAUAUUCGUGAUGAUAUCAGCCAUUUGAUGAAGAAAGGCAACAUACAAGACGAUGAUUCACAAAACUAAAAUCUUAUUUGGAUUUCUAAUUGAUAAUCAAUUUCUACCCAAUAAAACUAGUUAUCGGAGUAUUGUUCAAUUCCUAUCUAGAAAAUAUGCAUGGGAAUAUUUAUGGUUAUUAUAUUUAUUAUGAAACGGCUAUUAUAUUCUAUAAGUAAAGGGUGGGUAACUCCUACUUUACAGGGAAGGGGGAGAGAGCAAAUGAUUAGUACAUGCGUGCUGAAUCAUAAGGUCUGUCAUUGAGUCAAGCGAAUUAUUGAAAUAAAAUAGAACUAUGUGAUUGUCCCGAAAUGACCUAGUUUGUAUCGAGUGGGCGUUAACCCCCUCUCCCUUCCUCCUCUCUCUCUCUCUCUCUCUCUCUCUCUCUCUACUUUAAUGGUUAUAUUUUAAUCGUUGCCAGUUUUUAUUGUGUGUCAAAAUUCCCUAUCAUGUGUCAUGGAUUUGUCUAUUUUUAUUUUUUGUAUUUUUGAAUGUGUAUAAUCAUUGUAUUUGUAAAUUGUCACAAUUUGAUUAAAAUACAGUUCAAAGUUUGGUUUAACUUGUCUUUACAACACUAGGAUCUGGAAGAGUUGUUAUAUAACCCGCGUUCUGAUUGAUGUUAGGGAUUAGCAAAUGAAACGGUCUGUUAGGUAAGUUCUUGGCGUGCUGUGCACGGAACCGUGGGUAAACGACUAGAAACGUGAACGCUGAUUGAUUAAUAAAUGUCUGACGUCAUAGGGUCAAAAGCCGCCCGUAUGAACCCUGACGCGACCAACCGGCCAGAUCUUCACGUAGUAGAGGCCAUCGAAAGUUUAAUAAAAAGGAAACGAAAUAAAGAUCUGUAUUUGAAUCAGAAUGAAAAUGUGACUUAUUGGGUAUUUUAGUGAUAUUUAAUAGGAGAGUUUAUCUUUUAAUAUAGCCAGUAAUUAUGAAACAUCCUUUAUUAUCAUUGAACAAAUGCAUUGCCUAACGUCUGUAUUAACGAAUACCCCGAGAAUUCUAUACAGUUUAUCGUUAAUAAAUACCAUAAUUCUCUUU